AUGGUCGAAUCGACUUCACCGAACCAACGGACCGACGAUGACGACGCCUUUUCGGCACGACUGCCUACAUGCACCCCUCAGGCACAUACGAACCCAGUUGAGCGACGAGCCGAGCGCAAACAGUCCAAUCACAAUCUCUUUAACCGAACCGACGAUGACAACGCCUUUUCGGCACGACUGCCCACAUGCACCCGUCAGGCACAUACGGAUCCUUUGAAACGACGACUCGGGCGCACACAGCCCAAUCACGUCCUUGUUCGGGAAGGGAAGCAAGGCGAAUGCCUCGGCUAUUCGGAAGCUAGUACAGAGCCGAGAAUGUCUCCGAACGCCACGAAUUGCCCUGCUGCCCAUGUGCACGAAGCUGCUUUUUCCGCGGAGAACCGAAUUCCAGUGGAAUGGCAGCCGAAUAUCCGACAAAACGAGCCGAAGUUGGUCUUGGAACGCCGUCAUGUCCGACUGCUGAUGGCGGGGCUUGCGAAGCACUGCGGGGAAAAGCUGUCCGAGUCGGCUCAGACCGCAGAUCUUCUAAGCCCGCCGUCCGAGCGCAGUCUGCCGUCGUUCUACACGUCGAUGCAUCUUCGGUGGCCUGGUGAUGUUGCCGGAGCAAAGAGUACCAGUGCCUCAGGGUGUACAACAGGGGGAUGA